AUGCUGUCAAGUCUGAGGAAUGGCGGAGGUGCCCAGGGAUAUUGCGGAGGCCUCCCUACAGCUUUUGCCAUCUCCUGCGCGAAAGACGAAGAAGAUGUGGUUCGUCUUGCUACCAAAGCUCUGCGGCUGGCUUUUGCUGUGGGCGCGUUUGGUGAGUUGGGCGACGACGAGUCGAUUGAAGGAGCGACGACCAUUGCGGUACGAUUGAGAGCCUCUCAGCAAGGAGAGGAGCUCGUGGAGGGCAUCCCUGGCGUAAGUCACUUUCGAUCUUUGUUCCCAGCAAGAAUUUCUUAUCGCCUUUCCGUUAGCUGCAUUUACACGAUCCUUAUGAAGGUGGCCGACAGAGCUCGUGACCAAGGGUUACUAGUCACAGACAUACACAUCCGCGGCAAAGUACACAACCCAGAAAAUGCGCCUCUAGUUAAAGUGCUCUUUGAUCUAUGUCAAGAGCAUGAUGAGAUGACGUUGCCUGAUGCAAGUCAGCUGCAAGUUCCUGUGCGAUCGAACUUGAAUGGCAAGCUGCUGGAUAACUGUUCGUUGACAUAUGAGGCAAUCAAUACGAUUCUUGCGUCCCGAUGCGAGUGGUAUCGGCUCUUGAAAGAGGUGGCGCAAGACCUGGCGGGAAGCGGUACUGAUUCCCAUACAUUCGCGCUGUUUGGGAUUGGAGACCCGGUGCCUCUCAUGCCAUUCCACAAUGCCCGUUUGCGGGUGGCGAAAGUGGAAGCUCAUACCGCUAUUCAGGAAGCCAGGUUGGCUGAAUACAAAUAUCCGGAAGACGCCAUCGCCGUCACAGGAGUUUCCUGCCGACUUCCACGAGCAAACGACCUCGAAGAACUAUGGCAGCUUCUAGCCGCUGGCACAUCGACUUGCGAAGAGAUCCGCCAUGACAGAGUUCCGAUGCACGAGAGCUUUCGGGCGCUCCAGAAUGAAAAAUGGAAGCCGAAGUGGUUCGGCAACUUCAUCGAUGGGGCUGAUGAGUUCGACUGGGCUUUCUUCCGUUCCAACGCCAAGGAGGCAGCCAGCAUGGACCCUCAGCAGCGGAUCUUAUUGGAACUGACGUUCCAGGCUUUGGAUUCGGCGGGUUAUCUCCGCAGACAUGUUCGUGAGAACGGAGACAGGGUCGGCUGCUUCAUCGGAGCGAGUUUCAUCGAGUACACGGAUAACACUGGUGCUCAUGCUCCGACUGCAUAUACAGCGACUGGUACGAUUCGCGCAUUCCUCUGCGGAAGACUCAGCUAUCACUAUGGCUGGACUGGGCCCGCGGAAGUUAUCGAUACCGCUUGCUCUUCUUCUCUUGUCGCUAUCAACCGCGCGUGCCAAUCGAUCUGGUCAGGCGAGUGUCCUAUGGCGGUCGCUGGCGGAGUCAACAUCAUCUCCGGUGUGCAUAAUUACCUGAACCUGGGAAAGGCUGGCUUUCUCAGUCCGACUGGUCAAUGUAAGCCAUUCGAUCAAUCGGCAGAUGGGUACUGUCGUGGAGAUGGUGCUGGGAUGAUCGUGCUGAAGCCCUUGAAACAGGCUUUGGCAGAUGGCGACCAGGUAUUCGGUGUCAUUCCGGGAUCAUCUACGAACCAAGGUGGGUUGUCUGCGUCUUUGACAGUCACUCAACCCUCAGCCCAAGUCAGCCUGUACCAGUCAAUUCUCAAGCGUGCCGGCAUGAGCCCAAACCAUGUGUCAUACGUCGAAGCUCAUGGGACUGGUACGCAAGCCGGCGACCCUCUUGAGGUCAGCAGCAUCAGGGACGUGUUUGGUGGAUCAGAUCGACCUACUAAGAUGUAUCUUGGUUCCAUCAAAGCAAAUACCGGUCACGCAGAAUCGGCCGCUGGGGUUGCUGGAGUACUCAAGGUUAUUGCUAUGUUGCAGAAGAAGGCCAUUCCACCCCACGCAUUGUUCAACUCCCUGAACCCGAAGAUUCCUUCGCUGAGCCAAGACAAGAUUGCUAUCGCAAAGACUUUGGAAGAAUGGGAGGUGCCCUUCAAAGCAGCGUGGGUCAACAACUACGGAGCGGCAGGAAGCAAUGCGUCGCUCGUUGUAUGUGAAGGGCCUCGGAAGAGCAAUGAAGAAGCACAAAUACGCCUCCCUGCAGGUACUCGAUACCCUAUCAUAUUGUCGGCUCAUACAAUCGAGAGUCUCAAAGCCUACGCGGAGUCUCUUAGGUCGUAUAUCAGUCGAGAGAAUCCUGACCUUGCUAGUCUUGCUUACACGCUAUCUGAGCGACGCAAGCGUCAUUCGGUGGCCUGUAUCACAACAGCUUCCGAGAUUGCAGGCUUGCAAACAGCAAUCUCCGCCACGAUUCGACCAUGCAACAUCACGCCCUCAUCCAAACCUGUGGUACUUGCUUUCUCUGGUCAAAGCAAGCAGACCGUCGGUCUGUCGAAGACACUGUACAAGUCCAUCCCUAGGCUACGCCACUACAUCGAGGAGUGUGAGCGCAUCCUUGUCACGUUCGGUUGUCCGUCGAUUAUCCCAGCUAUCUUCCAGACUCCAAUCAUCACCGACCCAGUUCUGUUGCAGACAGGUACCAUGGCUGUUCAAUACGCAAGCGCUAAAUGUUGGAUGGAUGCCGGCAUUCGACCUGCCUGUUUAAUUGGACACAGUUUUGGGGAGCUCACGGCAUUGGCCGUGUCCGGUGUGCUCUCUAUCGAGGAUGCUCUUAAGCUUGUUGCUAAGAGAGCGCAGCUCAUGGCAACUAAAUGGGGACCGGAAAGAGGCACUAUGCUUGCGAUUUUUGCACCAAUCGCUGUUGUUACGCGCAUAGUUAAAGCUGUUGGCAGCAACAACCUAGAAAUUGCUUGUUUCAAUGCUGCCAACAGUCAGGUUGUAGUUGGCACCCAGGCUGCAGUGGCUGAUACGGAGAACUUGCUGGCUACCGACCCUUCUUUCAAGGGUGUCAAGAGUCAAAGGGUUGACGUUACCCAUGGGUUCCAUUCUGCCUUCACCGAGCCGAUCCGCAGCGACCUGGCUCAAUCUUUGAAAUCACUAACUUUCAAAGAAGCUUUCAUUCCUAUCGAGCCAUGUACACAAGCACAUACUAGUUCGAUCACUGCUGAGCAUGUUGUAUCGCACGUCCGACAACCCGUCUACUUUGUAGACGCUGUUCAGCGGAUAGAGAAGCGACUAGGGGGUUGCAUCUGGCUCGAAGCAGGGUUUGAUUCGUCUAUCAUUCCCAUGGUCAAGCGUGCGAGUGCCAAGUCAGAAAUCCAUUCGUUCUACAGCAUCAAGACGGCUAGUGCUGUUCAUCCUACCGAGGUUCUUUCUCAAAGCACUGCUGAACUGUGGAAAGAAGGAAUCGACGUCACACCGUGGGCUUUCCUCUCUCCAUCCGAUGCUGGGGUAGAGCCAAUCUGGUUGCCCCCUUACCAGUUCCAGAGAUCUAAAGCAUGGCUAGAGAACAUUGAUAGAGCUACUGAACUCCAACAAAGUAUAGCCACUCUCGUUUCGCAAAAGCCAGAGGCUGCUUCCAUCCCUAUCUCCACUCGAUUGGUGUGUCAUGUUGGGUCAAAUGGCAGUACGGAAAAGUUCGCCAUCAACAAUUCGGCCAGUCGUUUCCGCGAAGUCAUCAGCGGACAUGCUGUUCGAGGGCGGCCGCUUUGUCCUGCUUCAAUGUAUAUGGAGUGCGCAGCCAUGUCAGCACGACUGCUUGGAGUCGAGCUCAACUCCAAGUCGCUGGCGUUCGAGGAUCUGUCAUUUGAAUCGCCUUUGGGCGUCAACCUAGACCGCGAUGUCAGCCUGAGCCUUGAUGAAACUACUAGGCACAGCUGGAAGUUUACGCUUUCGAGUUCUCCCGGCUCUGCAAGUCAUUCGACACGGGCAACUGUCCAUGGCAGAGGUCAAAUGCUUUUGAUCGAGAACCCUCGGUUUUCCACAUACAAGCGACUCAUAGCCGACCGCCUUGACUCUAUUCGAUCCAGUCCAAGUGCAGAGAAGCUCAACGGUGGACGAGCAUACAAGCUUUUCUCAAAGGUUGUCGAUUACGCCGACUUCUUUCAUGGGAUCGAAAGCAUCGUCAUAGACAAGAAUGAGGCACUGGCGGAGAUCCGGAUGCCUGGCAGCCAUGUUGGAGGCGACGAAAGUUCUGUGACGAAGCACUGUGACACAGUUUCCAUCGACGCGUUCAUUCAGGUAUCUGGUUUGCUCAUCAACAGCAGCAAGGCUUGUCCUCCUGGCCAAGUAUUUGUGGCUUCGGGUCUCGAAAACAUUACCAUGUCGAGACAUUGCGACUUUGACGUCCACAAGGAAUGGAGCGUCUACGCCAUUUUCACCCUCAUCGAUGAUGUGCACGCGACCGGUGACGUCUUUGUUCUAACAAAAGCUGGCGAGGUAGCCAUGACAGCUAUUGGCGCCAAAUUCCAUCGUCUGGAGAUCUCUAAGCUUGAGCGAACUCUGGAUUCAGCUAAUGGAUCGAGGGCUAGUUCGAAAGAGGCUCCACGUCCGUCUCUCUCCAUCCCCAUACCUUCCUUCCAGAACUCUAGGCCUACCGUAGUCCAGAAGCCUACAUCGCUAGCACCUGACAGCGAUUCUGGAUUCUCCAGUGCAUCGUCGGUCGCUGAAGAAGAUUCGGAUGACAGGGAGGCUCCAUUGAAGACAAUGAUCUCAACGUAUACUGGUGCACCGGCAGACUUUAUUGCCUCGAAUACAUGCAUUGGUGAUCUCGGUAUCGACUCACUAGCAGCGGUAGAGCUCUCCGAUGAGAUCAGUGAACGCUUCGGAAAACUUGUCUCACCUGGUGAGCUUUUGACGAUGAGCUUUGGGGCAUUAAGCCAGAUAAUAUUCCCUGGCGCCACUAAGACCAAUCAAAAGCGCGCUACGCCAUCCGCGAAGCAGGCCGCGACCGCUCCGUUACCAGUAUCUGAGGUGCUCGAACUAAAAUCGAAGACCGAUCCAAGUUUUGACCAGAGUCUUGUGGAAUCUUCUGGUGAUCUACGACGUACAAAGUUGUUCGAACUCAUUUCAGAGCUAUGUGGUGCAGAUGUCAGCCAGAUCUACGAACACCAACUUCUCCAGGAUCUCGGUUUUGACUCCCUCUCUACAACGGAACUCGGAUCUAGUAUAUCCGAUGAGUUCGAUGUCGAACUCAACGGCGUUGAUACUCUCCUUGAUGUUUCUGUGAAAGAGCUCAUGCAGCUAGUUGGGAUAUCUUCAUCAAAGCCGGGCUCCUCAUUCUUGGCACCGCCAACCUCACGAACACCCGCUAUCUCUACAAGCGGUCUUGACCAGUCCGCGGGCAUCACGGAGCCAUUUCAAUCUCUCUUGGAAGCAGAGUCCUCACUCCAGAAAUAUGCGACGUCUUGCCGGUUCACAGAGUAUCUUGCCAAGGUCGCUGCUCGUCAAGAUGAGCUACUGCUUGCCUAUCUCGUUGAAGGGUUCCGGAAACUAGGCAUCGAUCUCAAGACUAUCGAAAUAGGAGAGAAGUUACCUCCUUUCACUUAUCAAUCUAAGCACAACAAGGUGGUCCAAAGGUACUACGAGAUUCUCGAGAAGCACAGCAUUAUCAAGAAGAAGAAUUCCGUUUACGUCCGAUCAACUGGCCCAUGCACGUUUGCGCCUUCCGCCCAGCUUCUGCAACAGCUCAUCGUCGAUUUCCCGCAAUACAGCUGCGAGGCUGAGCUCAUGGCUCUCACUGGCCCAAAGAUUGCAGAGUGUUUGACAGGAACGGAAGACCCUGUCAAACUUCUCUUCGGCACCAGCAAGUCCCAAGAGAUCGUUGGCAACUUCUACACCAAAGCUCCUAUGUUCGCCACACUGACCGAAGUGCUUGUCGACUUUAUGGUUCGCAUGGUCCAGAAAGCCAACGGCCCAGUUCGCAUUCUCGAAGUGGGUGCCGGCAUGGGUGGCACCACGACGCGUCUUGGUGAAGCACUUACCGCAAUCGAUCAUCCCAUCGAGUACUUCUUCACGGACAUAUCCUCAACACUUGUUCGGAACGCAUCUAAGAAGUUCAAGUACCCAUGGAUGAAGUUCAAAACACUCAAUUUGGAACUAGACCCUCCCACUGAUAUGCUCGGGAAAUUCGACGUUGUUAUCAGCACCAAUUGCGUUCACGCGACAGCCAAUAGGACUGAUACAUGCCAACGCAUCAAGGAGAUGCUGAACUCGAACGGUUUAUUGGUGCUCAGCGAAAUUACGACGAUAUUCGACUGGCAUGAGGCCGUCUUUGGUUUGCUAGAUGGCUGGUGGUUGGCGAACGACGCCACACAUGCUAUUCAGCCUCCAGCAGUCUGGAUGGAGUUUAUGCAUCAAGCUGGAUUUCCUAGUGCCACUUUUUCCCAGAGCACUCUACCUGAUUGCAAUCUUCAACGACUACUGGUAGCUUCUUCCCAGCAAUAUCCAGAGCCGCCUCGUUCAAUAGAGUCGCCAGUGACUGGUGUCGAGACCGUUGUUUAUAAAUCCAUCGAUGGGGUUGAGAUCGAAGCGGACGUCUACUUGCCGAACAUUCCGUCUACCAGCUCAAUGCCUGUAGGUAAAUGA